UUGGAAUCGAAUUGCACCACGAAAAAAAUGCCUUCCAGUUCUAAUUUAUUGGAAGAAGUGAUGCAAAUUAGUUAAAAAGUCACCGGUGCUGCAACACGUUUUGGAUUACGUAAAACCAUCGUUCAUUAUUUUGACAUAACAUGGUACGAGAAUAUUGGAUUUUGUGGAUUAAAACAAUAGCGCGAGAUUAGGUUGGGUAAAUUGGCCAGUGACAUCACGAGAUUGUCAGGCUGCUAGAGAUAAUCGUUUGAUACAUACAAUCGUACUGUAUCCGUGAUAUAAAACCGUGAUAUAUUUUUCAAUUAUAAUUCGUAAAACAAGUUGUCGUGGCGAACAGUUCGUGGAAAACCCAAUUACACACAGUUCAAUUUAUAAUACUUGCCACGCGGUGGAUGCACGAACACAUACCAUUAUAUUAUAUACAUGUGUGUCAAGUGGUCGGGCAAUAACGUGAUUUACUAUCUGCAGCCAACGAUUAAAAUUUUCGGAUUCAUUUCGUACUCGCAAAGCCCAAUCAUUCUUCCCGAUAACUAAGAUCCUUGGUAUUGCGCUCCGGCGAGACGAAGCUUGGAAUACGAAAUGGGCGCCAUACGUCAGAAGUAACAUGGCGAUUGAACGAAGCUCGUACGAUGCCGUUUAGUGAAACGAUAUUUGUCGUCGACGGAAACUGUGAGAAAUCUACAAUGCGGAAUCGGCGAUUUCUAGAGUGUACAUUCGUCCUGGUUCUUGUCACCGUUAUCAUACUUCAAUGGAUACGAUACAAGAAUCUGCAAGAAGAAUGGUUGUCAGAGCAGAGGAGUACGAUAAUCCAACGGUUGGACGAAAAUGCCAGACAAACUAAGUUGAUCUCGGAAGAUAUGAGAGCUGCAAUAAAAAGCAUUGAAACGCAGAAGAGAAUGUUAUUACAAAUGCAGGGCAAGGAGUAUUAUCGCAAUAAGCCAACGAUAUACGCGAUAACCCCAACAUUUGCAAGGUUUGUUCAAAAAGCGGAACUUACUCGGCUGGCGCAGACCUUUGUGCACAUCCCAACUUUCCAUUGGAUACUCGUCGAAGAUUCGACGAACAAAACAAAUCUGGUUACGAAUCUUUUGAUGGGCAGUGGGUUGGCCUUCACCCAUUUGGCCAUCCCUACUCCGCCCAAUUAUAAACUCGGAAGAAACGAUCCGAAUUGGAAGAAGCCCAGAGGGGUCGAGCAACGGAACGCGGGCCUCAAGUGGCUCCGAGAAAAUCUCACGCCCGACGACGAAGGCAUCGUAUUUUUCGCCGACGACGACAAUACGUACUCCAUUAAGCUUUUUGAGGAGAUGGAAAAGAUUAAGCAUGUCGGCGUGUGGCCCGUUGGGUUGGUCGGAGGUCUGAUGGUCGAGAAACCGAUAUGCGACGAAGCUACGCGUAAAGUGGUUGGUUUCAACUCGGCAUGGAAAUCCGACAGACCAUUUCCCAUUGACAUGGCUGGAUUUGCGUUCAAGUUGAAGCUGCUUUUCCAACAUAAAGACGCUUGGUUCUCAUUCGAGAUCCAAUCCGGUUAUCAAGAGAGCGAAAUAUUGCGACACAUAACCACCAGGGACCAGCUGGAACCCCUGGCUGAUUGUUGCAAAAAGGUAUACGUCUGGCACACUAGAACCGAGCCACCUAAGCUAAGUGCCGAACAACUUUUGACUAAAAAAGGCAAGAAAUCGAACGAGGGUAUUGAAGUCUAACGGGUGGACAAUUGUGGGCAUUUGUAAUAUUAAAAAUAAUCAAAUACUACUGUAUAGCAUUCAUAAUAAUAUAUCAUAAUAA